CUCGUCGUGUCAACGGUGAAUUUCUCCCGUAAACAGGCACCACCUCUUUCUACGACGCCCUCAUGAUUGUUUAAAUUCCCAUCUCAAACGCCGUACUCCCUCGUCAUCAUCCGCGAUGGACUCUCCAACGCGUCCCAUCCUCAGUCCCACGAAGAUCCUCCACCCGGUUUCGCCGGAACGCAUGAAUCAACAAACAAUCCCCGCCUCACCCUCGCUACCCACAGAUCUAUUGUCGCUUCAUCACAAAAACACCAAGGGUGUCUCCGAAGUGCAGGCCAAGGUCGCUUUCCUCAAUAGCCUUUCACGAGGAGGCAGUCCCCUCACCCACACUCAGUCCGCAGCACACAAUGCCGCCCUCCAGCGAGCAAUUCUCGGUCGCGAAGAAGCCGAGUCUACCCUGGCUUCUGUACAAGAAGAGCUUUCUGAAGCGCAAUCACGCGAGCUUCGAAUCAGCGAACGACUCGAAUCUCUUUUAGAAGAACUACAUGCUGCUAAAGAGCGCCAAGCCCACGAACGAUCAAUUUUCGAAAAGGAGAUACGGAAAGCACGCAAAGAGGCCUUCCGAGCGAGUUCGACCCUCGUCAAGCUGCAGGAAGAAUUGAAACACUCCAAGUCCGAGUCCAAGGCCCUAAAAGAUGAAGUCGCUGCUGAGCGCGAGUCCAAGGAUAAGGCAAAGCAAGAAGCAUUCGAACGUGCGUACGCUCUUGCUGGCCUGACCGAAGAGCUGGAAAUGCUUAAGGGCAAGCUGCGAUCAAUGGAAGCCGCCAAUCAAUCCAAGAAUAUGGAAGUCCGAGCUGAGAUUCGCAGAGAAGAAUUCGGGCGAAUCUCUCUUGUAGAGGGUGAUCUCGCUUUCUUGAUGACUCCACGGCGACCCAAGCGCGGCGCCGUGGGAUCAGUCAAAUCUCCUGCAUCGGAAAUUGAAGCUGAUGAAGUUGCCGAAGCCACUCCACCCAAGCGCCAGCGCCUCUCUGAAUGCACAACAACUGCUGGUCCAGAGGAAACGACAUCUGAGAUCUCGGCGUCCGACGCCAACGCGGAGGCUCUGGAAGAGUUGAGAGAUGAACUUGAUCUCGAACGCCGCCGCCGCACAGAGGCCGAAGAGAUGAUCCACUUCUUAAAUAUCGAGUGCCAGUUCCAGCGCUGCUCGUGCCGAAUCGCCGAGAGCGAGGGCCGUCGCUACAUCUAUGAUGCCGAAUAUUUCGAAAAGUUCCAAAAGCCUCAGAUUGAAGCCGAGGCUGAGGCUGAGGCCAAAGCUGCCCAGCAAGCCGAGAUUCAGGCUAGAGUCCAACAGACACAAUUCAAGCAGGCGAAUCCACAACCUCAAUCGAGUCAUACCCCGAGCGUCGAGCCCCCCGCGACCAUCCGCUACCAGCCAGAGCCAGUGUCCAAGCCCAAGCCCAAGCCUGGACCCGAGCUUCCAGUGAAGCCCGAGCCAGUGGAACCGCCCGAGAAGAUGCAGAUGCCCGAAGAGCCAUUAGUGACUUUCUCUCCAGAGACCGGAACUUUCAAGACAUUCCCGUCGCCUCUCCGUGACAAUGUCCUGCCUCGGAGAACGGAUUCAUUCCCCAUCCCUGAAAUGCCCAUUCUGAAACCUUCUACGAAAAAUUGGAGGAACUCGGCUGCAUCUUCAAAUUACGCUCCCGAUUCAUUCUCCCCAACGGAGGAGCCAAGGGACUCCCAGGAAGUCUAUGUCACAGCAGAGACAGUUCACAGCGAGCACUCGGAUGCCCGUCUCUCUGUAGAGUCUCGACCCUCCAGACGUGUCGAGAGAGAUACAUUCUCCACUACGAAACGGAUUCCUCUCCGUGAAGCAUCUGACGCACGGACUUCCGGUUCUUCUGGCCUUAUCCCAGACACCCCAAUCAGUCGAGAAGAUGCCCUCGCCCAGAUCGCGGCCCGCCGUGACCGUGCCCGAAGCAAGCAACGCUCCGUGAGUGCAAAUGAAGCCACUGGCCGUUCAGCUGGGCCGACAGCCACAACCUCGGGUCGAGGGCCAAGACGCAUGCCCAACCUACGGGCAGAUGGCAAACCCGAAAAUGACCUCGCAGAGCGCCGAGAUUUGAGCGCUCCUGUCCGGAUGUACCGACGAUAGGAGUCUCUUCUCUUGGUCUGGUCUGAGUUUAUGUGUAUAUGAGUUUGUCUUGGGGUUUCUGUUUGUUCAAUCGGUUCUUGUCUUCGUCUUCGUUUCAAAAUACCCCGGCGCCGGUGCAUCAAAUUGUUUCUAUCUUGCAUUCUCGGCCUUGGGACCACUACUUACUAUUUACCUGCAUCGCGGCUGCGUGGCAAGAAUUCUGGUGCAUUUCGGUUCCUUGUUCAACUACGGCGUUUCUCAUCCUAUUCUCCUCCUUGCAUUCCUUUGGGUCUUAUGUCCUCCCUUUUUCAUUGGAAAUCAUGCUUCACACUCCUAUUUGCACACUCCCUAUACAUUUCUUUUGUCUGAACUGGUCUCGUUUCUGUAAAUAUGCAUGCUAUUUGUGACACUUAGCCAAUGAUCAAUUUUGCCUUUGUACUUCUG